AUGACUUCGCAUCUCUCCCUGGUCGUCUUCCUGACAUUCAUCUUGGCCACUACGGCCGCUCCUCAAUCCAAAUACCUAAUUCAUCUUCAUGAAGAGAACUGGCAGGAUGUUUUGAAAGGUGAAUGGCUUUUGGAGUUCCAUGCUCCUUGGUGUCCCGCUUGCAAGGACUUGGCCAAGAGUUGGAAUGCCUUUGCUGAUUGGUCCAAGGAUUUGAAUGUAAAUGUGGCUGAAGUGGAUGUUACACAAAACCCUGGCCUCUCUGGUCGUUUCUUAGUUACUGCUUUGCCAACGAUCUAUCAGUAAGAUAAUUUGUUGUUUCCAUUGUUCUUCUUUUAGUGUCAAGGAUGGUGUUUUCCGUCAAUACACUGGUCCGAGAGAUAAGGAGGCUUUCAUUACUUUUGUUGAAGAGAAACAAUGGCAACUUGUCGAGCCUCUGCCAAACUACAAGCAUCCUGACAGUGCCCAGUAGGUUUUAUUUUUUUUUUGGGUGUUACAGUUAAAUGUUAUUACUACGUAUGUUCUUUAGGAUGGGAGUCGUUGCUUUAUUCUUCAAACUCUCAAUGGCUGUCAGAGAUCUCCACAACCAUCUGAUUGAAGAUAAGGGAGUCCCCGCUUGGGCAUCCUAUUCUCUCUUUGCCGCAGUCACCCUUGGAUUGGGAUGCAUUCUUGGAUACGUAAGUGCUAUUGUACCUAAUUUUACUUUGUUUAUUUUAGUUUAUCGUCUGCAUUAUUGACGCCGUCUUCCCAACAGGCGCUGCUGCCCAGAAAGCCGCUCAGAAGAAGCAGAAGCAAGACAAGAAGCUCUCGGAAGGUGAGUUCAUUUGUUUAAUACAAGUAUUUUAUCGUUUUUAGAAGCCAAGAAAGAGAAGGAGCCAAAGAAAACGAAAUAG